AUGGGGAGGAUUUUGAGAGAUCCUACUUGGAUGGCUGCAUUUGUUGAGGAUAGGAUCUGUGGUGGGAAGCAAGGAAGGAUGUUGGCAAGAGAAAUGAAAGGAGAAAACCACACUAGACACGUAACAUGGAGGAAUAGAAGAUUAGAGAACCAACUGACCCAAAAUCAAAAUACGUUGAUGGAAAUGCAAAGGUUGCUCGACACAGUGAUUGCUGUAAGAAUGCAACAAGAUACCCACAUCAUGGAAGAUGAUCUUAAAGAUCAAGCGACCCUUAUAAAGGUGGGAGUCACUGAAGAGGUAUGGCGAUUAACAGAAGAUUAG